AUGCCCCAGGCCCGGCGCCCUCCCCCGCCCGGGGCUCAGCCUCUCACCUGCCGCCGCCGCCGCUCCACGCUCCUCCUGGGAGGGGCCCCGACCCGACCCGGCCGCGGACCGCUCUGCUCUCCCCCUGGGCAGGCCCGGGGCGGAGCCGGGGCCUCUCCUGAGCGCCGCAACCCCCCGCCCGGGCAGCCGCCGCCGGCGCCGGGCUCCACGAGAGGGCGGGCGGGGGAGGGGGGCCGCGGAGGCCGCAGAUCCCCGGGCUCGCCCGACAGUGGGGGAGGAGGGGGAGGGGACGAGGAAGGUGGGGGGGGUCCCCGCUGCCCCGGCGCCCCGCCUCCUCCAAUCAGCGGCCAGGCUGGCGGGCAGGGGUUAACCAGGGGACCCCGCGCCGGCGGAGCAGGCCGCCGCCUCGCCGGGCGGCUGAGGGAGGACGAACGGGCGGCGCCGGCGACCGGCCGCUCGGAGCCCGACCCGGGCCGGAGUCCGGGAGCCCCCGCCGCCGUCCGUGGGCUACCGGCCCCCGCUCGCGGGACCGGCCUGGCCGAGGCGGUUGGGCCGGCGCCCUGGGCCGCGGACCGGCGCUGGAGGGGCCUCCCAGAUCCGCCUCGCCGAACCCCGCUCCCGUCUAGUCCCACGUCUCCACGAGUUUGGGUCCCUUGCUUCAGAGCUCAUCUAACUCAGGAAGAAUGUAAUCAAAAUAUGGAGAGAAUGGUACACACCCAUGAUGUUGAUUCACUUUAAAAGGAGAACAUGACCGCCAAGCAGCAACAUUUGACCAGCUGACUUUCCUCAUAGAAAAGCUACUCAGGAAGGCAAACCACACCACAAGGUUCCUCCACAAGCCAGGGGGAUGAGUGGGCUAAUCUUCCUGACUCCACCAUGGUAAGCUACAUUCAGCUGCUGUUCCCGAUUCCUCGAAACAGGACGCUGUCUUCUAAAAAGCCAGGGCGUUGGUCUGUCCCUGCUGUAGAAUGACACCAAAGCCCUGCUUUUUAGACUUCUCUCUUGGGUGCUGGGUGGGCAGAUCACAGCUCUUCUGAAACCACAAGCAAUGUAGAGGCUUAUGUUUUCUUAGACAUUUGGAUCGCCCAUUUUUAGCCAACUCUGCUUCUUUGUAGGUGGCUGAUCUCAGCCUACACUUGUUGAGUCUUCCAAGUCAUCUUCUCAGGGUUUUGCAGGUAUCUUGGUGAGGCCUUGGGUUUUAGGUUCUGCUUUAACAUUUAUUAGCAUAAGACUUUAGGAAAUUGAAGUAACUUUCCUAAAGUCUUAUCUAUCAAGCUGACAGCUAACACCUGUCCUCCUCCCGAGCUUGCUCUAAGGAUGAAACCUGCUAACACAAUAAAGCUUUUUGAGAUUUGGAAGAAAAAAAAAAGAUCAUAUAAAUGCAAAAAUGAAAUAAUUUUUCAAGGCAAGAUUUCCCUAAAACAAUAAUUGCAACAGGGAAAGAGAAGCUGACAUCACAACUGGGCCCAGAAACCUGCACACAGUCUACAGCCUAUAGUCUACCCAGUAGCCCAGGGUCCAUUACUGAUGGCAGCGUGGUUCCAUCUGGUCCAAGAACUGCCACCCUAAAAUACACUUUCAUAUC